GACGUCGCUCCAGAGGUCACGCGGCUCCGGCCGUCGGGAGAAUUUCCGCCAUUUUUGAAAUUUGGGGAGGUGCGCGGCUGGGUGGCUGCUGCGAUGGCCGCCUUCGCGGUGGAACCCCAGGCGCUGACGUUAGGAUCUGAACCAAUGAUGCUAGGUUCACCCACAUCUCCAAAACCAGGUGUUAAUGCCCAGUUCUUACCUGGAUUUUUAAUGGGGGACUUGCCAGCUCCUGCGACUCCACAGCCACGAUCAAUUAGUGGCCCUGCAGUUGGAGUGAUGGAAAUGCGCUCACCUGUACUUGCAGGUGGCUCACCACCACAGCCAGUUGUCCCCGCACAUAAGGAUAAAAGCGGAGCUCCACCAGUCAGAAGCAUAUAUGACGACAUUUCCAGCCCAGCACUCGGCUCAACACCUUUAACUUCAAGAAGACAGCCAAACAUUUCAGUAAUGCAGAGCCCUCUUGUUGGAGUUAUGACAACUACUCCUGGAACAGGGCAAAGUAUGUUUAGUCCAGCAAGCAUCGGUCAGCCACGAAAGACAACAUUGUCUCCUGCCCAGUUGGAUCCUUUUUAUACUCAAGGAGAUUCUCUGACUUCAGAAGAUCAUCUUGAUGACACUUGGGUGACUGUGUUUGGGUUUCCUCAAGCCUCUGCUUCCUAUAUAUUAUUACAGUUUGCACAAUAUGGGAAUAUCUUAAAACAUGUGGUAAGCCUCAAAUUUGUGUUGCUUCUUUUCUGACAGAUAUGGAGGUGGGGGG